CGUUGUUACUACCAUUCCGGAUUUGCGUCCCGAGACGUCGCGCGGAUCCCCACGUUAAAUUACACCCGGUAUUAUUCAAUCUCUCUCUUGCGUGCACAUCGACCGAUUCUGGUGUAUUUAUUUUUGGCAUGCUCUCUCCACACACACACACAUAUACAUGCAACAUGUAACGAGCCCUUCGCGGCUACUCGGAGAAUGAGCACUGAAGGGAGUAAACAAGCGACGUGCUAAUCAGCACAGAAUCCGGGGCUCGGCGAAAUACGCUCGAACGACUCAAUUAAGCGCGAACGAGCGAGACGAGCGGAACGAGAGAGAGAAAGAGAGAGAGAAAGAUGAUAUAUUACGCGCGAAAAUAGAUAACACAUAUUCCGUGUUUGCGAGAAAAUUGCGAGUAAGUAUUGAUUCGCGCGAGGACCGCCGCUAAUCUCUUCUCUCCUCCCUGCUCUCUUUUCCUUUUUACACUGUGUGUGCCCCCCUCCUCCCCGCCUGCGAACAUAAUGACGAUCGGCUGCCGUUUCGAAAGCUACACGAGCCUCCACGAGGUCGCUCUCCGAGUAGAUCCGUGUCGAUUUGUACAUUCGAGCCCCCUUCGCCUCUUCGAUGGUUCUCAGUUCUGACAUCUGAUCACUUCGGGCGCUUCGCAGUUACUUCGAAUAGAAUGGCGAGCUUUGCGAUCGCGUGUCUCGAUAAAGCGGCUCCGCGAACUUCGAAUUUCAAAGCGAGCCUUGCGAAUGCGACACGAACCUGCCCCCCCCCGUUCUUAUCCCGGGAUUGCGAUUGUCCUCGAAUUAGCGCUCGUCUCCGCCGGGAGGGACAGUCGAGAUCGCGAAUUGGUCGGGGUUCUUCAUGAACUCGUCUUGCCGAGUCCGAGAGACUAUCCAUCAGUUGACACUUUGCAGAUGGAAUAUGGGAUCUGGGGUCUUCACGUCGCGGGUGAACUUUGGGGCGACCCGCGUUUCGCCCGAAGGUACCCGAUUCUGCCUCCCGGCGCGACGCAUAUCCUACCGAGGGCCGCCUUCGCCCUGAGCGCCCUUCAUCGGCCGGAUAUACUGCCGCUGCCGUUGACGGCGGCUGGACCGCCCUAUGCUCCUGUAGAACUGGUCACGAAGCCGUCGGCCGCGUCCAAGGAUGUCGAGGACGCCGAGGAUGCCGAGAAGAGCGUGAGCGCCGAGUACGAGGACACUCGGCAACGCGACGACAACGAAAGGAACAUCGAAAAGUCUGAUCAGGACGAAAACCAGACUUGCGUGCCGAACGAAAACAAUUACAACGAAGACGCUGGCGACGAAAGCGACACUGGGAGCACUAACAGUUCACAUCGAUCGGCCAACAAUAAUCUCACAAAGCUGCCCGAUCCGAUGUCAUGCUUGGUCCUCGGUAAGGAAGGAGCGGUGACGCCGGCUCUGAACACCUGGGUGUUGAGCGCAUACACUGCGAUGUUGAGCAGGCUGUCGGCCGCCACCGCGGCAUUGGAAGCUAGAGAGGGUGCCAAUGCCUCCGACAGUGACUCCGAGAGCGAGCAUUCGUCCUACACGGAGAAAUCCAGGGGCAGCAGUCCGAACGUGAGCAGUGUUCACCGCGGCUACUCCUGCGGUUCCUGCGACGUGGUAGCACCGACGAGGCCGGCCCUGCGGAAGCACAUAGCCGAUCGCCAUCCAACACUGUCCGGCGCGGAGACCGGCGAGGCCAAGAGGUGUCCGUCUACGGGUUGUGACUUCACGACGAGCAGCAGGUGUGAAUUGGAGACCCAUGUGGCGGCGCACGUGGCUCAGGGAAUGACGCCUACGGGGAAGAAACGCUCAUUGGCCUUGCAACGCGUCAGGUAUAGAUACGAGAGGGAGGAGUAUCGAUGUUCGCUCUGUUCGUACGCGUGCACGAUCGAGAAGGCGUUCCAGAGACACCUGCGAGCGCACGCGAAGGGCACGGCGCCGGAGACCAGGGUGAGCUGCGCCGUUUGCGGCGCCGACAGGUCUUCCGAGGUCGACCUCAGCAGGCAUAUGCGAAGGCAUCGCGACGAUCGAUACUUCUGCUGCGAUAUCUGCAUCUUUCGCACAGUGCAAUUGAAGAAGUUGAUACAGCACCGGCGCAUGCACACAGGCGAGAAGCCGCAUCUCUGUCCGCACUGCGCUUACCGGAGCGCGCGUCGCGACAACCUGCGUAGCCACGUGCGGCGAGUGCACAAGAAGGAGAAUCUCUACUGCGACACCUUCAGCCCGCGCGGCAUGCUAGUCACCCCCUCGCUGUUGGCGAGGGACACCAGCCUGACGCAGAGCCCGGCGUCCUCGCCGUCUUCGAAUCCGGACGCGACGAACUAGCGAAAACGCCCAGGCAGAACGAAGAAGAAGAAGAAGUCAGCGGUCUUAGAAGCACCGCGGGAGGAAGAUCCCGGGGCUCAUCGGCCCUCUCACACGUCCUCAUUUUGUCAAUACUGCGAUCUAGAUAAUUAGAAUUCACUGGGAAGCCUUGUGGGAGUACUGAACUCGGCGGAACAGUCGCUCUUACGCUUGAGGAGUUUGCGAACAGCCGUAAGGAGAUCACAGUCCGGUGAGCGUUGAGAGUCAAUCGAUGCGAUAAUGCGACAAAAGUGGCGGAAGAAAUGUAAGAUAACUUAAGAGGUAAAAAAGGGAAGAGGUUGCUCGAUAGUACCGGUGUAGAUUCGGGGAGGAAGAGGUCAAGCUAGAUGCACGGUCGAAGAGAGACCGUCCUCCAGAUCAGCAUCGGCAAGGCUUCUCCUAUUAGACGCUAGGGAACGUAUAGGUAAUUGCAUGCGAACGUCGAUAAUUUAAUGUAACCUUUGAAUUCUAAUGAGAUCUUGCAUUAGCUGUAAACGUGUUACAUUGCGCGGCCGAUCCGUCGAUCGGACCGGCCGCUCGCCCGUUCGUCGAUCGAACGUGACGACGAACGGGGAAGAAAAAUGAACAAGCUGCGAGAUGGUGCUAGAAUCAGUAGACUGAAGGAUCAUGGAAGAAAGACUGAAAGUAGAAACGAUUCACGGCGCGACGUGACGUCCAUCUCUUUUACGCUCUUUCGCACCGACCGCCGUGACUAAAAAAAAAAUUACGAUUCAGCGAAGUUUAAGACUGCAACUCUGUGCUGUUCUGGGAAUUCUCGCGUCGAUGUCGUGGCGCUUUGAAUGUGCCAAGACUUUCGUUACUCCUCGUUGAUUAUUUCGACGUCAAAAAUCUUUCUAAAAUCCGCGUUUCAGUUCUACCGAAAUUUUAAUUCUCCACAAUCUUAAUUUAAACUUUCCGAAACUUUUGUUUCAAGACUUCCGACUUAGAUGUAUAAUAAUUUUAAUUUUACCAGAUUUCGCGAGAUUUUUCCGACAGAUUAAAUUUUAUCAAAUCUUAAU